AUGCUGCAGCAAAUUUUGCGUGAUAUGUAUAUCGACCCUGAGCUCCUGGCAGAGCUGAAUGAAGAGCAAAAGCAAAUCUUGUUCUACAAGAUGAGAGAAGAGCAGCUGAGGCGCUGGAAGGAGAGGGAAGAGAAAGCACGAAUGGAGGAGGCUAUGCUGACAAAAACAGCAAGGCGCAAACAAAGUAAUGGCAAACAUGUGCAGUGGCUGCGUGGGAAGGAUGGUGAGGUCUGGGUCUGGGUUAUGGGAGAAGCCCCAGGUGACAAGCCGUAUGAACAGAUAUCAGAGGAGCUAAUAGCUGAACGCGCCAGGCAACAAGCACAGAAGGAGGCAGAAGAGCUAUGGAGACAAAAAGAAGCUGAAAUUACAAAGAAAUUCCGGGAUGCUAUGGCUCAAGAAAAAGCCAGAAUAGUAGCAGAAAAGUGGAAAAUAGAAAUGGAAGAUCGAAAAGCAGCAAAAUUGGAGGAGGAAAAGAUUCAGGAGGAUCUGAAGAAAAGAGAAGAAGAGGAAAGACAAAAGGGUGAAGAACAAAUAAGGCAGCAGGAAGAAAUCCGAGCAAAAGAGCUGUAUUUGAGUCUCAAGCAAGCUCAGCAGCACAGUCAGCACAGCGAUGAUGACCAGGAGUGGGAAGAACAGUUGCGCCGCUCCAAAGCUGCGGAUGAGGAAAGGAGCCACAAAGCACGCAGAGCACGGGACGAGUACCGGCGGCAAUCCUUGCGGGCCAUCCAGAAGGGCAGAGUGGCUGAUCUGAGUAAUUUGUUCCAGGGAACCAGACUGAAUAACGAUCAGGAGGCAAAACUGAACAGCAACAGUGCGAGUCCUUUGCUGUCUCGUGUUGUGACAUCCAGUAAAAUCUGGGAACGUCCUUCUAGACCCUUUUCAAGAGAAGUCAUCAUUCGCUGGUUCAAAGAAGAGCAGGUCCCUCGACGUGCUGGGUUUGAGAGGAACACCAACAGGAUUGCUCAGUGGUUUCAUGGUAUUAUUAGCCGCCAGGAGGCAGAAGAGCUGCUGAUGAAUAAAUCUGAAGGAACAUUCCUGGUGCGAGUCAGUGAGAAAAUCUGGGGCUACGCAUUGUCUUAUCGCCAACAAAGUGGGUUCAAACACUUCUUGGUUGAUGCUUCGGGGGAUUUCUACAGCUUCUUGGGGGUAGAUCCAAACCGACAUGCAACACUGACAGACCUUAUUGAUUUUCACAAGGAAGAAAUCAUCACAUCCUCAGGUGGGGAGCUGCUACUGGAGCCAUGCGGACAGCAGAAGAAUCCACCAGACUACAGCCCUUUAUUUGAGUAA